AUGGAUCCUACUAUUCUCGUUAUUGGAGCCACUGGCAAUACGGGCAAGAAUGUGCUCCGCACUCUGCCGGGCCUACUUGCAACGGCUGGUUCGAAGUAUCGGAUCCUGGGCUUGACCCGAUCCACAAGCCAUCCCGUGAGCCAGGAGCUUGCGCAGCUGCCCGGCGUAGAAAUGGUCGAGAAGGACUGGACUCGGAUCGACUCUGCUUGGCUCCGAGAUCAAAACGUCGUCAGGGCGUUUGUCGCGCCUCACAACCUGGCGCACCAAUUCUACGACGAGUCGACCCUCCUCGUGGCCAUGCUCCACGCUGGCGUCAAGUACGUCGUCAAGGUAUCGACCAUGCUGGAAUUUCUCGGGCCCGCCAACCCCGUCUUUUACGGGAGAGCGCACUGGGCCAUUGAGGAGAUGCUCAGCCAGCCCGAGUUUGACGGCAUGCAGUGGACGUCCCUGCGGCCCAAUGUUUUUACCAGCGCCUUUCUGUAUCCCGCGGCGCACUGGGUCAAGAACUUUCGGGCGACCGGGGAGCGCGGGCCUUUGCAGCUCAUGGUCGCCGCCGAUGCCCCGGUAUCUCUAAUCGACCCCGAUGACGUCGGCAGAGCCGGCGCCGCAUUGCUUGCCUUGGAAGAUGCGUCGCAACACCACAAGGGGAGAUAUGUUCUUCGAGGGGCUGACGAUGUCACUGGAAACGAGAUUGUCAAGUUGGUUGAGGAGUACUCUGGGACGCAGGUGCCUCACACCGAGUUCAAGGCGACGCGCAUGCUGGAUGCCAUGCUCGGAGACUAUCCUGCAUCGGCACCGGCUUCGAUCGCGGCAGGAUGCGAGUUUGUUUGGCAAGGAAAAUGUACGACAACAGGAGUUCCUACGGCGGCAGAGAUUGCCAAGCUGGCUCCGCCGCAAAUAACAACCAAGGAAGCUUUUGAGCGCCUCUUGAAGUAG